AUGGAUGCAGUACCGUUGGAUGAAGUUUCUACAUAUUUCUCACACCCAGAACAGAUGUUUCCAGAGAUUGAGGAUGACAAAGUUCCAACCGAACAAUUCCUCAGAGCUUGUCAAGGCAUUGCUAACUUUGUAGGUCUCUUAGGAAUAGCAUUUAUCCCAAUAAAAAAUGAUAUCAGUGGUAACAUUACCAAGAUCAGGACAAAGUACGAGAGUGGGAAAGAUAAAUACAAAUAUAUUGAAGAUCUGAUCGAAGACGAUCUUGUUAAAAACAACGGAAAAAUGGGCACAGCUACCGAAGGACUGUUAUGGCUGAAAAGAGGUUUAGAAUUCAUGUUUGAAUUUUUGUCGGAAAUGGUGCGCGUGUACCAAUCAACAGAUAAAAGAAAAACCGACAGUUUAACAGAUUCUAUCAACAAUGCUUAUAAUAAUACGCUCAAGAGGCAUCAUGGGUUUAUAUCGAAGCAAUUGUUUAAGGUCGUUCUUUUGGCAGCUCCAACUCGAAGUAGCAUUUUGAAAGCACUUGCCGAAGGCAGGGAAGGUGUGGAUGAUAUAUGUAUUGGUCAUAUCGCAACACAUCUCGAUAACUUCAGGACUAAUGUGGCCCAUAUUGUUAAUUACUAUAUCAUAAAAAAACUAGAUACUCCCAAUCCGGUGCUAAGCUAA